GAAUCGUACCCUGGAACGUUCGUGUCAUAUUUGAUUUGACUGAAAGAAACGUCAAAUAUUUAUUUAUUGACAUCUUCGUUUCACUUACUCUUCGUUGUUUUUAUAAUAAAUUGUUUGGACAUGGAGAAAUGGUAAAUAAAACUAUGUCAGGUGACCGUGAUCAAAGUCCUACAAGUACUAUCAACUUAGCUGAUCCCGAAGAAGCUGUGCUAAUGGAUCCCAUAGACUAUGAACGCUGUCGAUACCCUUACUGUAUAGUUUGGACCCCAAUACCUGUUCUCACUUGGAUAUUUCCUUUCCUUGGACAUAUGGGCAUUUGUACAUCAUCAGGUGUAAUCCGAGACUUUGCGGGCCCAUACUUUGUAUCUGAAGAUUUGAUGGCAUUUGGAAAUCCAACAAAAUAUUGGCAAUUAUCUCCACAAAAGGCAAAUAAUGGUCAGGCAGGGUGGGAUGCUGCUGUUGCUGAAGCUUCUGAAAUUUAUAAGAAAAGAAUGCACAUACUGUUCUAUGACAACUGUCAUUCCCAUGUGGCAACUGCUCUGAACAUAAUGAGUUACGGAGGCUGCAAGAACUGGAACAUGGUGAAGCUAGCAUUCUACAUGAUACCAUACUCUAGUUAUGUCAGCAUUGGAGGGUUUCUCAAAACAUGGAUUCCAUUUUUGAUAAUAGUUGCAUUUAUAGUUGGUUUAGCAGCAAUUAUUUAGAUGCAAUGACAAAUCUGAUACUGUCCCAGUACUAUGCUUUCUGAUUGAUGGUGUGAGCUGUUGUAUUGAAGACUUUGUGUGUGGUGGAUAUCAUUGGUGCUGGAAGUGUGAUGGAGACUGGUAGUGAGCUGGAGCUGGACAGGUUGUUCCACACAAAUAUAAGAUAGUUAAUAUUGUUUAUAGUAUUGGUUAUGUGCUAUUUGUAUUGAUAAGUUACACACAACUGUUAUGGUACAUUCUGGUUUAUAAUAUAUUCUCUAAAUUAUGUUUCUGAAGCACCUGCAGUAAACUUGUCUAUUUAGUAUUCUAUUUGUAUUAUUCUUGGUUAAUCACAGAAGCCAUGUCUAUAUGGUUACUUAUAAUAAAUGUAACACAUUUGUUUAUGUUUUAUUUGUCUGGCGAAUCACAUAGUCGAGAAGGAAUUGUCUUAUUUAUACAAUAAAAAUAGUUUUAUUUCGA